AUGGCGACGAGCAGGCUGAGGCACUGCCCACGACAGAAUGGUGGCAACCGGAGUAUCACGUCGGGGCGAGAUGUGCUGUAUGGCCUCAGUCUGCUGGGCACAGUCCCUGACAGCGUCACCACACAGGACAGCCUUGGAGAUGGGAGCGUCGAGAUUAGAUCCGAACCUGCUCUUGCUUCUCGGUCUUCUUCUGUGCUCUGUGGCAUUGCUCUUCGUGACGGGUGUGAUUCUGUGCACCACAUUCAAGGUGGAGCUGCCUUGUGGGUCAGGAAUGUGUUUCCAUUCCUCUACAAAACCACAGCUGGUGAUGGUAAGCAGUAUGAUGCAUACAUCACCUAUCCCAGAGUCCUCGAGGGCUCAAGUGAAAAGGCUGAGAUUUUUGCGAUAAGCACUUUGCCGCAGGUUUUGGAGGGCCAGCACGGUUAUAAGCUGUUCAUCCUGGGCCGGGACGGCCUGCCUGGGGAAGCUGUGGUGGACGUGGUGCAGGACGCUCUGAGCCGCUGUCGCAGACUGCUGCUGCUCUACACGGCGUCGUCUCUCUGCAGCCCAGAGGCGCAGGACUGGGCCGAGCAGCAGACGGGUCUGUACCAAGUGCUGGUUGAGGACUCCAUGAGUGUGGUGCUGCUGGAGCUGGAGGAGAUCCACCAGCCGCUGCGCCUGCCUCACACAGUGCGCCUCCUCAAGCACAAACAGGGAGCUAUGCAGGCCUGGAAGAGAAGGAAGAGGUGGCCAUUCUGGGAUAGGAAGUCAGAGGAGCGUGUGAACUCUCUGGAGCCCUCUGGUCAAGUUGAGUAA